AUUCCGCGUAGAAAACGAGCGCUACAAACCUUAAGUGACGUCGUCAGACCAGGCUGUAGCUGAGUUUAUUUUGAUUUUGGACGUUGGUUGCUAGCGGCCACCCUCGUCAGUGGAAAAACUAGCAGAUCAAUGUCUUCUCCAGCUCAAACAGACGAAGAUGAGGUGGAAGAAAAAGAAGAAGUGGAGUUUGUGUCAGAGGUCCCUUCAAAGCCAGUAUUGGAAUGUAUUGAUCUGCUGAGUGAUAGUGAGGAUGAGGGAUGUUCUUCAUUUGCAGGAGGGUGUGAAGAUGAAAUAAGCCGCCAGAAAGCACGUGUUACAUCCACACUGGACAGACUAGCGAAUCGGGUGGAGCGAGAGAAAAAGGAACGAGCAGAUAAAUGUAGAGCUUUCAAGGAGAAACAAAUGCUACAAAAAGCUCAUGGGCAGCAAGAGUUGGCUUUUAAUUCUGCAAAUGCAGUUGGUCUGGAGGCAAAGCGCUGUGUAGACAUGUGGUUAAACAUGCCAGUUGGUCCAGGUUCUGGAAGAAGAAGAAACACACCUGCCUUUCUCCCCAGAAUCGGUUCCACUCGACACGUUUGUCCGGUGACUAACUGUGGCCGUGUUUUUGAACACACAUCCCUCCUUGCCGGGCACUUGAAAAGGUUUGAUCAUUCUCCCUGUGAUCCUACUAUCCAUCUGAAGGGAAGUCCACCUGAAUUGUUUGCCUGUGUCGCCUGUGGUCGGCAUUUUCCGACCAAAGAAGCGUGGAAGAAACACCUGGAGUCUAAGAUAUCCUCAUCUAGUGCUGAUGCUCACAGUGUCAAUCAGACCUAUCAGGUGAUUGUUGGUUUUGCCUGUCCUGCCUGCUACUUCCUGUUCAACUGCCAAGAGGACUGCCAUCAGCACAUGUCAGCGAGAAACCACUUCGCAGAGACUCUCCCUAUGAACGAGUCCAGUGCACGACCGCAGCCAGUUGCUGUCCCACAGUAUGUUAAGAACCGUCUUGUUGCUUUGUGCAAGGACGUCGGGUUCAAUGUCAGAUGCUCUUUAUGUCACAAAGUGCUGAUAUCACAUCAGACAGCUCAAGCACACUUCAAUGUGCAUUGCAGACAAGGCAGUGCGGUGGUCAAGGCUGACAAAUCAAUAGUGCAGGUGAUGAAACAGCUGCAAGUACAAGGGCAGUGCCUCGUCUGCCGUAAAAUGUUCUUCAGCCAAGCCGAAAUUGAGAGACACAAAGAAUCCACUCAGCACGACGUCGAGAUCAACCAAACAAUGGAGAAAGCACUUCUUCAACACUGCAGGUUUGAUAAAGGUCAGGUCACACGGUGGGCUGAAGAGCCACACGGGGAAGCACCUGUUCCCAAAAGAACACGGAAUAAAAGUGAUUGUGAAAACUUUACAGGCAAACGGCAGCGACUUGAUCCGAGUGUGAACAGCAGCACUGCGACAGCAUGGUCCUGCGAGUGUGGUCUGUCAUUCUCAGAGGAGGCUGCAGCCAGACACCAUAUCCUGGCUGCAAACCAGAUUUUCCAUCUUUGUGGUGUGUGUGGCAAACACAUGAUGGAAUCUGCAAUUACCCGUCUGCAUAUGAGUCGCAUGCACGGGGGAGCCCAUCUGUCCAACUUUCUCUACUUCUGCCGCAAGUGCAAAGUGGAAAUGCCCAGGUAUGAAGAUAUCCUGUCACAUGUGUCAGAGGCCCACAGUGGACACACCUACUACUCUGAACAAGAGGUGUCCCAGGACGCUGCCCCAGUCAUCGAAGCCAAGCCCUCCACCAGCUAUGACGUCUCCAUUUCUUCAUCCUCCAAGUCCAUCAUCCAGCAGAACACGGUAGAGCCAUCUUCUUUGAAAGCAGAGCCGACCUGGAUGUGUCGGAUGUGUGAGGACGUCUUUGACUCCAAAGCAGCCGUACAAAAACACUGCAGUGACCUGAGCAGUCACAGCUUUCAGAGGUUCAUCUGUGGACACUGUCCUCAGAAGUUCUUUAAAGAGUCCACUGUACGUCGACACUGUAUGAACGAGCACGACGGGCAGAUACAGAGCUCCCACUUCUGCGGCCUCUGUGACAGCAUGCAGUACGAAUCUGAAAACGAGUUCUUGGAGCAUUACGAGAGUCUGCACAGCAAGGACUACUACUGCGUGGACGACGUCGUCGUUGUUCAGCCCGCAGCCGCUGAGAGAGCUAGUCGGCCUACAUGUCCGUGCAUGAGCUCAGAAAAGAGCACCAAGGACAGGAAAGCCACAUACACGCAGUGCAUGAAGAAUCUGGCCGCCGAAAGAAAAUGUCAAUAUGUGUGCGCUCCUUGUGGUGUAUGCACGCCGUCCUACGCGCAAAUGAAGACUCACGUCCACACAAAACACGACGCCUUGAACCUGGACAAGACCUUCGAAAUAGAGUGCAACGUUUGCCCAGAGACUUUCGAGAGUGUGCCGAACUUCCAUGAUCACCAUCACUCCCGUCACUGUACGCUGGAGCCCUGUGUCAGCUCCUGGACCUGCAAGAAAGAAGUCAAAGAAGCUUCCACUUCAGACACACCUGACACUGUGGAGAUGAACGCAGAAAACAAUGGUGACUCUGACGAGGAAAUGAAGGAGGAUCCGUCUGUGGUCGAAGAAGAAGUGAGAGAGUCAGCAGAGAUGGAAGAAGCCCUUAAAAGAAGUCUUUUGGAGUUCUAACGGCUCAGUUCUAAAGAAAUUCUUCUUUGACAUUAUAUUCAAAUGUUUUCCACACUGUAUUUGUGUUGAGAAAGUAUUGAAUAAAUGUUGGUUGUGACCUUUCCUUAA